GGCCGUUUGUGCUGUACAUACACGGGUACACGUUCAUACACUGUUCAUAAAGUACAGCUCGAGUGCGCAUGCACAUCAGAGGAGGAAGUAGACUGAAUCGCAAUGUUUGUCGCUGUCUGCGAGAGUCGAAAUCUGUGUUACACUGCAGGCAAAACCGGAAGUACGUGGGGAUUCGCUCUCGCACCUUCUCAGUCCUCUGCGCUGUCGUCCAAGAAUGGCCGCUGCUGCAGCAGGAAUAAACAAGCAGGGCGCCGUAGCGACGAUGGAGCCCUGUAUCCGACACGGGAGGGGAGCUAAUGGACACACGGUCAAGGUGCUCGAGUGUGGGGUGUGUGAGGACGUCUUCUCUCUCCAAGGGGACAAGGUCCCUCGUCUUCUGCUCUGUGGACACACAGUGUGCCAUGAUUGUCUAACCCGGUUGCCCCUGCAUGGGCGGGCGGUCCGCUGCCCCUUUGACAGACAGGUCACUGAGCUGGGCGACUCAGGAGUUUGGGGUCUGAAGAAGAACUUUGCUCUUCUCGAGCUCUUGGAGCGACUCCAGAAUGGAGCUACCAACCAGUCGGGGAUGGCAGAGGACGCCCUGAAAGGCAUGGGAGAGUGUGUCAUUCGCUGUGACGAGGACGAGAGCCACACGGCCUCGAUGUACUGCACCGUGUGCGCCACCCACCUGUGUGCCGAGUGCUCCCAGCUCACCCACUCCACCCGCACGCUGGCCAAACACCGCCGGGUGCCGCUGGCUGACAAGCCUCACGAGAAGACCUUGUGCCCGCAGCAUCAGGUCCACGCCAUUGAGUUUGUGUGCCUGGAGGAGGCCUGUCAGUCUGGGCCCCUCAUGUGCUGUGUGUGUAAGGAGUACGGCAAACACCAGGGACAUAAGCAUGCUGUCCUCGAGACCGAAGCGAAUCAGAUCCGUGCGUCCAUUCUGGACAUGGCCCACUGCAUCCGCACCUUCACGGACGAAGUGUCCGAGUACUCGAGGAAGCUGGUGGGCAUCGUGCAGCAGAUCGAAGGUGGAGAGCAGAUAGUAGAGGAUGGAGUUGGCAUGGCGCACACCGAACAUGUCCCCGGCACCGCAGAGAGCGCGCGUUCCUGCGUCCGAGCUUACUUCGCAGACCUCCACGAGACCCUGUGUCGGCAGGAGGAGAUGGCGUUGAGCGUGGUGGACGCCCACGUCAGGGAGAGGCUGAUCUGGCUGAGACAGCAGCAGGAGGACAUGACCAUCCUGCUGUCUCAGGUCUCCACCGCCUGCCUGCACUGCGAGAAAACACUUCAGCAGGAUGACUGCAGAGUUGUGCUGGCAAAGCAGGAGAUCAACUGUUUGCUGGAGACGCUUCAGAAGCAGCAGCACCAGUUCACAGAGCUGGCAGAUCACAUUCAGCUGGAUGCUGGCAUCCCCGUCACCUUCACGAAGGACAACCGGGUCCACAUCGGUCCAAAGAUGGAGAUCCGUGUGGUCACUCUGGGGCUCGAUGGAGCUGGAAAAACCACCAUCCUCUUCAAGCUGAAGCAAGAUGAGUUCAUGCAGCCCAUCCCCACCAUCGGCUUCAAUGUGGAGACAGUUGAAUAUAAGAACUUGAAAUUCACCAUCUGGGAUGUGGGUGGAAAACAUAAGCUGAGACCCCUCUGGAAACACUAUUAUCUGAACACUCAAGCCGUGGUAUUUGUGAUUGACAGCUGCCACAGGGACAGACUCAUGGAGGCUCACAGCGAGCUGGCCAAACUACUGACGGAGAAGGAGCUAAGAGACGCCCUGUUGCUCAUCUUUGCCAACAAACAGGAUGUUCCUGGUGUUGUGUCUGUGGAGGAGAUGACGGAGCUGCUGAGUCUACAUAAGCUGUGCUGUGGGAGGAGCUGGCACAUCCAGGGCUGCGACGCCCGCAGCGGGAUGGGGCUCCACGAGGGCCUGGACUGGCUCUCCAGGCAGCUGGUGGCUGCUGGGGUCCUGGACGUAGCCUGAUCGUCACGUCGCUGGCUGCGGUCUGACUCUCUGCCUGAUGACUGACACCCCCCACCCCCCGUCACUUCCAAACACUAACUUUCAAGGCCGCUUUCAGCUCGUCUGCUUCAUCUUUCCUUCUUUGUGCAACAUUUUGGGCAAAGAAAACGGAGAUGUAAAUACUUCCUCCAAACCUCCUCGCCGGUCACACCACCCGACCAGACGACAAACUCCCAUCCUGUUUACUUCAGUUUGUCUUUGUUCUAACCUUUUCCACGAGACGAGUUGCUCCUCUGGAAUCCUUAGCUUAGUUAACUUUCGCCCAGUAAAAUGUUAAAAAUGCUCCUUGUGGCCCGCCGGAUUGGACGCCCAUCUCACGUUAUUCAUCACGGCCGCCGCGGGUGACAGUAGACGCACGUUAGUCUGUGCUGUAACGAUUGAGGCACCUUUUGUCGACAACACGUUGGAUAAUGUUGAGAAAGUUUCCAGUUGAAUUCAGUUUAUGUGCAGGUUGGGAGGUGAGGUGGGACUGAAACGUUGUCUCCGGUUUAACUCGCAGUGGCUUCGAACUGAAGGUCCAACGUUCAGAUUUUGGCUGUUUUCUCACUUGGCCUUCAUGUGUAAUGGAAAGAGUAGCAGAGGAGGUUUCAUGAGGUUUUUAAAUUAUGUGUAGUUUGUUUUAAGUGUACUGUGUGAACGUGUCAAACACCUCAGCAGAGUUUUGGUUGGAUCGUUGUUUUGUUACGGAACAAGCUGUUUACUGAACUUAUUUAAGGGUUGUUGCUUUGACACGAGGCUUUCGCAGGAAAUUCUUCAGCUCUGCCUCCGUUUUGCUGAGUGUCUCGUUGUUCAAAGCGCUCGUUUGCUGCCUCACGUUUUCAUUUGGAAGCAAAUCGACCGUCUGCUGUUUCUUAGUAGGCUCAGAGUAUUAACGAAAUGUCUUGUGAAAAUACUCCUCUUUAAACAUCUCACAAGUUUACCCGUGUGCAGUGAUGGUACGCGCUCAGUCAGCAGCCUUCAGUCAUAAUGUGAUGUGAAACCUAACACUGACUCUUGUCUUGUUACCAUCAUUUCACUUUGAUUUCAUCUUUAUUCAUUGCUAUGUAAUGUUUGUAUGUAUAAAACACACAAGAAAAUGCACGUGUGAAAAGCCUUUCUGCGUAGUUUGUGAAAACAUUUGGUUUUUGGAACGUAGAAGCACAACGCGCGUUGGAAACUUUGUUACCAGUGGACUUGAUAAAAGGCUUUUGUAAAUUAUUCAUAAUGUGAUGGCUGUAAAAUAAACUUCUUGACCUUG